CACCGCCCCGGGGUUUCCGUGGAAACGGGAGGAGAACGGCGGCCUCACCUCGGCGGGACGCAGCAGCCCGGCCGGGUGGUGGGGAGCGUCCCCUCUCCUCGAUCCGUCUCGUCGCCCCCUGUCAGCGAGACGGGGUUGUCAGGGAUACGGGAGGGGGUUGUAGUGGUGGUAGUGGUGGCGGUGGGCGCACAGCUCGGCUCGGCCGCAGUCACAGGUAGCGGGGCUGGCUGCUGUGAGCUGAGGCGUGGCGAGCGCCGGGGGACGGAGGACGGGAGCCCCUGCCUGUGGAGCUCUGCUUUCCUUCCCGCUGCCGUCCUGCCUUCCUGUGGAGGCUCCGGGUUGUCUUCUGAAUUUUGGGUCUGAAGGUACCUUCUUACUUUCUCAGCAAAUCAUGGACAUCGUUGGCUUUCUGAAGUCUCAGUUCGUUUGCCACCUGCUGAUCUGCUACAUAUUUAUAGUGUCAGGACUGAUCAUUAACUUCAUUCAACUCUUUACACUUAUACUUUGGCCAAUCAACAAGCAACUGUUCAGGAGGAUCAACUGCAGGCUGGCUUACUGCAUUUCAAGCCAGAUGGUAAUGUUACUGGAAUGGUGGUCAGGCACCGACUGCACCCUCUACACUGAUCCAGAGAGUUACCACAAGUAUGGGAAGGAGAAUGCCAUCGUAAUCCUAAAUCACAACUUUGAAAUUGACUUUCUCUGUGGCUGGAAUUUCUGUGAAAGAUUUGGAGUCCUGGGGAGUUCCAAAGUGCUGGCAAAGAAGGAGCUCUCCUACAUGCCUAUCAUUGGCUGGAUGUGGUAUUUUCUGGAGAUAGUCUUCUGCAAGCGUAAGUGGGAGGAAGAUCGGAAAACAGUUAUGCAGAAGUUGCUGAAUCUCCGGGACUACCCUGAAAACUUUUGGUUCCUGAUUCAUUGUGAGGGCACAAGAUUCACAGAGCUGAAGCAUCAGGCUAGCAUGAAGGUGGCUGAAGCCAAAGGCUUGCCCAAGCUCAAAUAUCACCUACUGCCACGAACAAAAGGAUUUGCUGUCACCGUGCAGUGUUUGAGAAAUGUAGUUUCAGCAGUCUAUGAUUCUACUCUCAAUUUUAGAAAUAAUGAGAAUCCAACGUUGCUGGGUGUUCUAAAUGGAAAGAAAUACCAUGCAGAUUUAUAUGUAAGGCGGAUUCCAUUGGAAGAAAUCCCAGAAGAUGAGCGGGAGUGUUCUAACUGGCUCCACAGACUGUAUCAAGAAAAGGAUGCAUUCCAAGAAGAGUACUACCGAACAGGAACCUACCCAGCAGUCCCUAUAGUACCACCCCGACGACCAUGGACGCUUUUGAAUUGGCUUUUCUGGGCCUUAUUGCUGCUGUAUCCCUUAUUCAAGCUGCUCGUCAACAUGAUCAACAGUGGAUCGUCACUAACAUUGGCUAGUUUUGGAUUUGUCAUUGUAAUGGCUUCCGUUGGUGUCAGAUGGAUGAUCGGUGUUACAGAAAUUAACAAGGGCUCCACCUACGGCAACAAUGACAACAAGCAGAAACUGAAGUAGUAUCUUCAGAGACUGCUUCAACCCAAAGGGAACAAAUGCAACCUCUGAAAACUCUUAAGUGCAUAUCCAUGGUCCUUCAAGUGAGGUCAAAGGAAGGGUAGGAUGAGCAAUUGCCACGCAUAUCUGAAUUUGCACUCCUGUUAUUUUUCUCCCGGGGUUUGGGCUGGAUUUCUCUCUUGGACGAGGCGCUCCUCGGUUCACUCUUCCCAACGGGUUUGCAUUUGUUUGGUUGGUUUGUUUUCAUAUAGAGUGUCUUUAAGGUUUGAAGAGAAAAAAUUCAGUGUGCUGGUAUGAUGAGACUCUACCCGGAAACUGCUCGGUGGUUGCUGAGGUCUGAGCUUUAUCUUGACUUGCUCUAAAGAAGGGAUAAAUGUCAGAAGAUUGUUACAAGAUGAUUAAAACUGAUAGCUGUCUAGCUCCCAUGUUAGCAGUUUGAGUAACAGUAAUUUGUCAGUGUUCAAGUACAGUACGAUGCACUGCUUGGUGAUACCACUAUUGCAACUCUACUGAACUGACAAGAGUGUGGUAGAGUUUUUUUUACAUCUAGAAUUUAAUCCCACAGCGAGCACCACAUUGGACCCAGUCAGGCUGACUAUGGGCCCAUUUUGUUGGCUCAGAGCCUUGCAGUGUCAUAACCUGGAGCAGAAUUUGGGCCUGUGGCCUGAGCAGAGAGCUGAGCUACCCACUGUCACAUCUUCCACUAGGCAAUACUUAGCGGUAUAGCUGAAACUUCCAGUUCUUCUGAGAAUAAAUGCCAUUCAUAGUUUGGAAAAAUAGGUAACAAAUUACUUUCAGCUUUAAACACAGGUUCAAAUUCUAGGCUUUCCUAACAGCAAUGGAAACAGAUAACAGCUGGGUGUGCUGUAACAAAGUAAUACAAAGCGUGCAUUAAAAGUUCUUGCCCUGCACCCUCACGGUUGUGAAUCUAAUUAAUCUGUUGUCCGUCUGACUUUUUGUAGGGCCUCCUAACGUGGUCUGAGGGAAUAGUUACAUUAUCUUCCACUUUUCUUUGGGGUAAAAAGAAAAGAAUUGGAGAGGGACCUGGGACAGAGGAAUGGCUUGCAGGUUUCUAUGCCUGUAUGGAGUUUAUUAACAGCCUUCUAAAUUAAAUUAAAGUAGGAUCGAGUCCCCUGGGAAAACCAUGUUUCUCUCACAUCCCCCUCGUACUGAUUGCUGGGCGUCCUCCUCUUGGUUUGUUGUUGUUUUGCUCUUUAGAGAGGAGACUUCCAACUGAAAUCAGUUAAGGGAACAAAAGAACAGCAUUUUAAACCCAAAAGUUAUUGAUGCUGAGCAGUGGGGAGCAUACUUGGCACGUUCAGUCGUGUUACAUUUUCUUAGAGUUGUAUUUCUAGCAGCUGGUAAAAACCAUUUAUCUUUAGUUAGAAUAAAACUGAAGCCAGAAGCAGCAGAGGCUAAUAGAAAAGUGUAUGAAUCAUUCAAUGAAAUAUGCAUUUGCUGUUCUAUACCAUCAGAUCACCUAGACGGUAAUCCUUUAAAUAUGCAGUAUCUGAAGAGCAGCUGCAGUGGUGCAUUUAGCAUGUGGCAGUCAGCACUAGCUGCUGAGAGUGAAUGCAGUGAGUAAGAAGUACAAUAUGAAGGACGAAAUGGGCCUUGGGUCUUGUGAGGGUCUCGUUUUGUAGGCUUUUGUCUCUUGUGCACGUGCAUUCCCGUGCUCUGAAGCAUAUUGGAGUAAGUGGUGUAAUGUGUCAUAAAAAUAACCAUGGACUUUGGUUUAUUUCUUAAACAUACAAAAUACAGCCAGAGCCCAGAGGAUACUGUCGUGCUUAUAAAGCUAUCUAUCCAUCUGUCUCUUAAGAAAGCACGUGCCCUUCUCUGCCAAAAUGCUACCAUGCACCUGUACUGAAACAAUCUUAACACCUAAAUAGGUGACAGUUGAGAGCAGCAAAUACAUAUUCAGGUGAUUAAAAAGGGGGGGGGGGGGAAGAGCUGGUUUUUUAAGAACAACUGCCUUCAUGUGCUGAUAGAGAGACCUCUAACAUCCCUUAUCAAUCUCAGUCCUUUUUUGAGUUACCGCACACAGUACUGCUUCUCUAGGAGGAAAAUACCAAACACAGAAGCGCUUCCCAAUGAACAUUUAAGGUAUUUCACACAGGUUUCUCUUGGAGCAGCCACUGUAACAGGCACAAGGGCCAAAGACGCCAGUCCUGGAUCUAAGUCUCAGCAGACAAGGGCUGCCACCCAAUAUCCUUCCAGCUCACUGGCCAACAGAGAAGGUUUAAUGGUAUUUGCCAAAGGUAAAUGAACCCCGUUCACUGUAUUAAAAGAAUGACAUACAUAUGUCUGUAGGAAUCAGUGUUUGCCCUUCUUCACCACAAACAACUGUAUGGUCUACAACUGCCUUAACAAACAAAAGUAGUCUUACAUUUGUUUAUACAAAUUAAUUAAAAUAAAAAUAUGAAAAGCCUGA